AUGUCAGCACCUGUCGGACCCAUUAUGCAGCAGCUCGCUACCCUGCCAGCUCGUUCCAGACAGGGGUUGAAUAAUUUGCGACAGAGGCUCUUCCAGCAGGGUGAGAAGCCAAAGAAGGAAGGUCAACUCCUUCGCACCUCGAUGACCGUCCAUCGACCUGUCUGGGUGACUGCCGGCGGCGGCCUUUACACCAGUAUGGCUGCGGUCUAUCUCACCAUGCGUUACUUGAAGCAUGUCAGAUAG